AUGUUAAAGGUCGAGCUUCUUAAGAAACAGAUUUUUGGAGAGGUUGCAGCCUGUGUUUAUGUUAUUGAAUUUCAAAAACGAGGUUUUCCACAUGCUCAUUUGUUGCUUAUUCUUAAAUCUGGCUCCAAACUAUUGAAUCCUGAAUCAUACGACAGAAUUGUUUGUGCUGAAAUACCGAACCCUGAAAAAAAUAGGCAUUUAUAUUCCCUAGUAAUUAAGCAUAUGAUUCAUCGCCCGUGUGGUGAUAAGAAUAAGCAGAGCCCGUGCAUGAGAGGUGGUAGGUGCAAAAAUAAUUAUCCUAAGAAUUUUUCACCUUAUACAGUUCAUGGUGAGGACAGCUAUGCAUGUUAUAGAAGAAGAGAUGAUGGCCGGAAAAUAAGGGUGCGCAAGCAUGAGCUCGACAACCAAUGGGUGAUACCUUACAGCCCAUACUUAUUAGCUUUAUUUGAUUGCCACAUCAAUGUUGAAAUCUGCUCCACUGUUAAGCUUGUUAAGUACCUUUAUAAAUAUAUUUUUAAAGGUCAUGAUCUUAUCAGCUUUAAUCUUCUUGAUCAAGAAUCUGUUGGUAACACUGAUGAAAUUAAUCGCAUCCAAAAAGGACGUUGGGUUUCGCCUCCAGAAGCUUUGUGGCGCAUAUACGAAUUUCACCUAACAGAAAUGAACCCAGCAGUUUAUACCCUGCAAGUUCAUCUUCCCGACCAACAAUUUGUUUCUUUUGGUAAAAGUUCAGAUUUGUGGUAUCUUUUGAGGAAAAUAGAUUUUUCAAAGACAAUGCUGACUGAGUUUUUCAAAAUGAACAAAAUCAAUGCUACAGCUCAGAGUUUAUAUAAAGAUUUUCCUCAGCAUUUUGUAUGGACGGCAAAAACAAAGACAUGGUUAGAGAGGAGUCGUCGAACGGUCAUAGGGAGACUAGUUAUUGUUGAGCCUAAGGAAGGAGAAAAAUACUACCUAAGGCUUUUACUCACUCAUAUUUUGGAACCAACGUCAUUUGAUGACUUACUUAUGGUUAGAGGUCAUAAAACCGCUUCUUUUAGAGAAGUCUGUUUGCAGUUAGGCUUACUUGAAUCUGAUUCCUAUAUAGAAAAGGCAUUAGAGGAAGCUGCUCAUUUCCAGAUGCCUUAUUUGUUAAGCUCAAAAGGUCAAGCUUUCUUUGUAGAUGAUCCAGGUGGAACGGGUAAAACUUUCUUAUAUCGCGCGCUUCUCGCUUCUCUUCGCUCACAAGGAUAUGUGGCAAUUGCAGUUGCCACAUCUGGUGUCGCGGCGUCACUCCUUCCUGGUGGUAGAACCGUACAUUCACGGUUUAAGAUUCCUUUGGAUUUUUCAAAACAAAAAACUUGUCAAUUAAGCAAGCAGAGCAGUGUUGCAAGGCUCAUUGUUGAUGCUAAAUUAAUUUUGUGGGAUGAGGCUUCAAUGGCAAAAAAAGAAGCAAUAGAGGCGUUUCAUUGUCUUCUUAUAGAUAUAAUAGAAUCUGAUCUGCCCUUUGAAGGAAAAACUAGUGUUUUUGGCGACGAUUUUCUCCAAACCCUGCCAGUUAUUGAACAUCUACCUACAGCACAUUUGGUUCAAUCAACUCUUUUAUAUUCGCAUUUAUGGUCUCAUAUGUGUAAGUUACAACUAGGAACGAAUAUGAGAGCUGCCUUAGAUCCAGGUUUUCAGCUUUUUGGCUUAGAGUAG